AUGCCACGAAAGGAUCCAUUCACCGUGAUAUGCUUGCUCAGCACGAGAAGUAUGGCGAUGUCUGUCAUCGACAAGGCCCAGCACAGCCGCAAGCGCAAGCUGAUCUCACAAGGUCUUGGCGAUGCUGCUCUGCGGACUGCAGAACCCAAGAUCCAGGCCCGAAUUGAUGUCUUCCUGAAGCAGCUCGCAGAGGUGGACUAUGCCGCCGGUCAAGCAUUCAAGGCGCCUGCAUCGGCUCGGAGCUGGGGCCCAAAGAAGAACAUGUCAGAUGCCUGCAAUUUCCUGACCUUCGACGUCUUCAGCGACCUCCUGCUGGGAAAGUCCUUUGGCAUGCUGACCUCGACCCUCAACCGCUUCAUUAUCCGCGGCGUUGCCUCGUCCUCCAAACGAGCCGGCAUCUUCCUGCAGAUGCCCUGGCUCACAAAUCUCUAUGCGGACCUCAUCCUCUUCCCAGACACCGCUGUCUGGAGAUCCCAGUUCUUCCAGACGGUCGUCGACAUCUCGACCGAGCGUCUGGCCAUCAAAGAAGGGCGGCAGGAUAUUUUCCAACUGAUUCAAGACGCACGAGAUCCGGAGACCGGAGCGGGAAUGUCCAUGAAUGAGCUCGUCAGCGAGUGCACGCUCUUGAUUGUCGCCGGCAGUGACACUAGCUCGACCACCCUCGCCGCCGCCUUUUUCUACCUCGCCAAGAAUCCGCACGCUCAUCAGCGUCUGGCUGAUGAGAUCUGCAAGACAUUCCGCUCUUUAGACGACAUCCAAGGUGGAGCCGAGCUCAACGGAUGUGCUUACUUACGCGCCUCCAUCGACGAGGCCCUAAGACUGAGCCCUCCUGUCGGCGGUGCACCCUGGCGAGAGGCCCAGCGUGGAGGCGCAAACGUCGACGGUCAUCGUGUGCCUGCCGGCUACGACGCAGGCGUCGGCACCUAUGCAAUGCAUCAUAGUCCGCAGUAUUACCCGCGGCCGUUUGACUACUGUCCCGAGAGGUGGCUCGGUGAAGGCUCGUGGACGCCGGAGAGUGUGCAGAAGGCCAAGAGCGCGUUUCAUCCUUUCUCCCUUGGCCCGAGGGGAUGUCCCGGAAAGUCCCUAGCAUACCUCGAGAUCUCGCUGGCGCUUGAACGGACUCUCUUUCUCUACGACUUCCGCUUUGCAAACCCAGACGAUGCAAAUGCUAGUGAGUAUGUGCUGACGGACCAUUUCACGUCUGCGAAAGACGGUCCGCAGUUGGUGUUUAAAAAGCGUGUCGACGCGUAG